AUGGCCAAGGACAGUUUAUCUAGAGCAUGCAUGGACAGAGACCUGGUGCAGAAGUACAAAUGGAAACAUGGUGAGGUACCUAUUUCAGGAAUUUUAAGAACUCGGCAAGAUGCUGGUUUCCACCUGGAGUCAGACGGGUCAGUUUUGAAGGACAAUAGUAGCGGCUGUGGAGGAAUGCUACGCUUGCAAGAAGUUGUGGAAAUCUUUGGUAUCUUCUAUGGCUUGCAGAUGUGUUGGGACAGAGGAAUCAGGGAUAUAGUAGUCCAUUCAGAUUGCCUUGAAGCCAUUAAUCUUUUGAUUAGAGGCUACAACUUGGAUCACCCUUUUAGAGACCUUAUCGAAGAAACCCGCCUAUUACUUCAUAGGGACUGGCAAGUUUAUCUAAGUUACACUCCUAUAAGUAAUUUGACCUUGGUCGAUUUUUUAGCAAAGUCUUCCCAUACAAUGGAAGGCUCUUUCCGUAUUCUUGACCAACCUCCUAUUGUCAACAGUGGAAUAGUUCACGAGUAG